AUGGCAACUUCACUUCUAGGGGAGGAGCCGAGAUUGGGAUCGACUCCUUUAGCCAUGUUAGCUGCAACAUGUAACAAAAUCGGGAGUCCGAGCCCUUCCCCUUCCACCAUUUCGGAUAAUUCCUCAUCAUUCGGGAAAGGCUUCCACCCGUGGAAGAGAGCCGCCGCCAGCAGCUGUAGCCUGGGCUCCGGCUUGUCGGGCUUCGGGGUUUCCCGCAACGGCUCGGCCAUCUCGGACUCGUUCGGCUCCAACAGCUCAACGGGAUCCAGCGCCUUCUCCCUCACGUCCGGCGCCUCGUCCGGGUCACACUUCGGAAACGACUACUCGGUGUUCCAAGCCUCCGUGUCGAACGGCUCCCAAGAGUCGGGCCACCAGCCGGUGUUCAUCUCCAAGGUGCACACGUCCGUGGACAGCCUUCAGGGCAUCUACCCGAGGAUGAGCGUAGCGCAUCCGUACGAGUCCUGGUUCAAGUCGUCUCAUCCCGGCAUCCCCGCGGGAGAGGUUGGAAGCACGGGGGCGUCCGCGUGGUGGGACGUGGGAGCCGGCUGGAUUGACGUCCAGAACCCCAACGGAGCAGCGCUCCAGACGUCGUUACAUUCCGGCGGACUCCAGACGUCCUUACACUCUCCCCUGGGCGGAUAUAAUUCUGAAUAUUCCACUUUAAGUCACUCUGCCUUCAGUACAAAUCCCUCUCCGCACCUGUUGACCACUGGCCAGCACCUGAUGGACGGCUUCAAACCGGUUCUCUCCUCAUAUCCGGACACGACCCCGUCUCCGUUAACCGGUGCGGGCGGUACCAUGCUCUCCGGGGGUCCACCCGCCUCCUUAGCGGGGUCCCCGAGGUCCUCCGCGCGGCGCUACUCGGGCAGAGCCACCUGUGACUGUCCGAAUUGCCAGGAGGCCGAAAGACUGGGACCGGCUGGCGCCAGCCUGCGGAGGAAAGGCCUCCACAGUUGUCACAUCCCAGGCUGCGGAAAGGUUUACGGCAAAACGUCCCACCUCAAGGCGCACUUGCGGUGGCACACCGGUGAGCGGCCGUUCGUGUGCAACUGGCUCUUUUGCGGCAAGAGGUUCACGCGCUCCGACGAACUCCAGCGACACUUACGCACUCACACCGGGGAGAAAAGGUUCGCUUGCCCGGUGUGUAACAAAAGGUUUAUGCGCAGCGAUCACCUUAGUAAGCACGUAAAGACUCACAGCGCAGGGGGUUCGGCCGGUUCAGGCUCAGGCGGUAGCGGGGGUAAGAGGGGGAGCGAUACCGACAGUGAGCACAGCGCACCGGGGAGCCCCCCGUGCCACUCCCCGGACCUGUUGCACCCGGCCGAGUCGAGGCAGGGCGUGGUGGGCUUGAACGGCCUCUAA